CUUUCUAAAGCAAAAUUUCAAUUCUGCGUGAGCUAAUUCAAUCGUUUUUAUCCUCAAAUAGUUAUCGCAAACCCAAAUAAUCCAUGAAAAUCUAAGAACUCAUGAGAAGAGCUUACCACUUUAGAGUUUAGCUGCGUUCUGCCAAAAAAGAAAAAAGUUAGUUUUUUUUUUUCAGUUAUAUGUUCUUGCCAACAGCAUGCACGGCGGGCAGAAACGCGAGCUGAACCAACCACGCGAGCAGCAGAGCGGAGCUCCCAAAUGGGGGGCCUCCUGCUUCGUUCCGACCAUUCCUCCCGUCGCCUUCCUCUAGACCUGUCCCUCUCUCCCCCUGGCUGGGCCACGCAGCACCAACACCCUCGUCUCCUCUCCCGGCGCGCGGUGGUCGGAGGCUGCCCGUCGGCCGCCGCCGCCGCCACCGCCCGCCGGCGAGGGACACCCUUCAUCACGUACCUUGGGUGAUUGUAACUACCUACGUGCAGUGAUCAACCCCGGCGCGCUGGCUUUCCUAAUUCUGAGAAUGCACCGGUGGCUCGUCGCCAGCUGCGGCGACAUCCGGGCGGCGCGGCUGUCCCGCCGCCGAGGCGACGCGCCCAAGUCAGCGCCGCCGUCGCCGUCGCCGUCGCCGCCGAGGCAGAGGCUGAGGAAGACGGGGUCGGAGGCGGCGAUGAUGCUGGCGGUGCCCAAGGACGUGGAGGAGUUCCGGACCAUGUCGGCGUACGGCAACAACCUCGAGCUCUUCACGUACGACCAGCUGCGGGCCGCCACCGGCGACUUCAGCGCCGAGCGGAUCGUCGGCGAGGGCGGCUUCGGCGUCGUCUACAAGGGCGUCAUCCACGGCGCCGAGGUCGCCGUCAAGCAGCUCAACCCCGACGGCCACCAGGGCGACCGGGAGUGGCUGACGGAGGUGAGCUACCUGGGUCAGUACAGCCACCCGAACCUGGUGGAGCUCAUCGGCUACUGCUGCGACGACGAUCACCGGCUGCUGGUCUACGAGUACAUGGCCAAUGGCAGCCUCGAGAACCACCUCUUCCGACGUUCAUGCAACCUCUCAUGGACGACGCGGGUGAAGAUAGCGCUCGACGUGGCCAGAGGGCUCGCCUUCCUCCACGGCGGCGACCGGCCGAUCAUCUACCGCGACUUCAAGACCUCGAACAUCCUGCUCGACGCGGAUGCGAAGGCGAAGCUGUCGGAUUUCGGGCUGGCGAAGGAGGGGCCGCGGGGAGGGAAGACGCACGUGUCGACGAGGGUGAUGGGGACGUACGGCUACGCGGCGCCGGAGUACGUGGCGACGGGGCACCUGACGGCGAUGAGCGACGUGUACGGCUUCGGCGUCGUGCUGCUGGAGAUGCUGGUGGGGCGGCGGGCGCUGGAGCCGGCGGCAAACCGGAGGGCGGCGGGGCGCCGCGACGGCGGCGGCGGCUGCAGCCUCGUGGACUGGGCGCGGCCGAUCCUCAUCCGGAGCAAGAAGCUGGAGAGGAUCGUCGACCUGCGGAUGGGCCUGCAGCAGCUGCACGGCGGCGUCGAGCGGGUGGCGCGGCUCGCCUACGACUGCCUCAGCCAGAACCCCAAGGUGAGGCCGUCCAUGGGCAGGGUCGUGCAGACGCUCGAGGCCGUCCUCGCCGACGAACACCGUCACCACGCCGCCGCCGCCGCCGCUGCUCCGGGCGCCGCCGAGUGAUUGCAUAUAAAAUAGACGUACAUGCGUGCAUGUCUGUGCAUUAAUUUCACCAAUUGUGUCGUGGCUACCUACGUGUGUAUACGUGUAUACUGUACACAGUAUAGGGUAUAUAUAUACUCAGUAUCUAUCUAUAUACGGAAGGAUUAGAUAUAAUUAGUUAACGAUAAACAAUUUGAAAAAAGGUCCAUCUGCAAGAAAAUGGUAGUAACAGCAUAAAUUGAAUGAAGUCUGCAAAAUUAUAAAAAAAAAUGUAUAUUGUGGCUGCUGGGAUUCGAGCCCAGGUCUCCACGGCCACAACGUGGAAUUC